UUGAAGUGACGACAAUAAGCUCGUGACAAAAAAACGGUUUGAAAUUAAUAGCAACGAUGGAAGAGCAAAGUUUGUGAUCGAUAUUUUUCAUUGCUUAAGUUUAGUUUACUUUUCGUUUGUAAUUAAUUUGUGACUGUAUGGUGUGAAUCGCGUUUGCGAUAGUAGAGAAGAAGACCAAUCUCAGAACCUCGUCAUUGGAGGCAUACUGCUUCCAUCUUUUUGCGCACUAAUUGGCAUUUGCCACAACUAACCAGUACAAACUAAUUAGGAGAUUUAAAAGAAUGACGUACACAAUGGAUAAAAUAUUAAAUUUCGUAAUCGUAUCAUCUCUUGCCCUGGCAAUCACUUUUGUAUGUGGUAAUGACGACAACAAUCCCUUUAAGGACAUUACAAACUAUCAUCCAUGGAAACCACUCGUAAAAUUGCGACAACAGUUAUACCCAGUAAUCGACGAACAUCAGCGAGCCCCUUCAGGUGAUCUGAACGAAUACAGCGAUAUUGAUGCAUCCGAAACACCAGAAAAUUUACAAUCCAUUGAUUUCAAAUCAAAACGUUCCCGUCUUCGACAACCGCUUUGUGAAGUUCUCGUGAAUAUUGUGUAUGUUGGUAAUGGAACCGAUGGAUACCAGUAUCGUCCAGACCAUUAUGUAACCGAAUCGUGCCUGAAUACGUUCAACACGUUCCAAAAUAAGUGCAUAGAAACCGGUCUGUCCUGUACCCAGAUUAGACAAAAAAUCUACAUAACCCGGCGUAAGGUCGCUAGUGAAGACACCAAGGCGACCAACUGUUGGGAACACGUCCGAAUGGAGGAGAUCGACGCUGGUUGUGAAUGCAUGUGGCCAAGGGAGCAUAUCGGCGAUAAACAUUCCUAUCGGACUGGAAAAUAAUAACCGAAUCAACGAAAUCAAACAUCGAAUACGAUGAGACAUCAAUUGAAAAUAUCACAACCUCGUACCGGUGCAAUUUAGAGAUAUCAAAAUGAAAUUCAUUCGCGAUAGGAUCGCACAUAUGAUUAAUGUAUAAAAUGAGCCCUUUUAUGUAUUUAUCUUUGGCGAGCCUGAUGAUUUUGUCAAAUGGCAUAGUUACAGAAACAACGACUGAUGACUUAUAACGCAAUUUCAAAUGGAGAAUAUUUGUUAGUCAACAUAUGAGCAGUAUUA